AUGAUGAUGGAGUCCAGUAUCAACAGCGCAACAAUCUUACCGCCCUACGAAGAAGAAUUCGAACCAGUUGAUAAUCUUCAUUGGUCUCCAGUACAGCAAACAGCAUUUAUUUGUUUUGGAUACACCAGCUUCAACCAUCGAGCAUGGGGAAAUUCAUCUAACCUACCGAUGAAUUUGAGAAAGAUCACUGAUAUCAAUAUUGCAAAAUACACCGAAGAUAAUUGUGAAUCUUUAAGACACGAAUGGGAACCUUACGCUAAAAGAGAUACGUUAUGUCUUGGAGCUUGUUUGAUAAAAUAUAACAAAGUUAUGAAAGAAGUUGUAUUCCAGAAUAUUUCCAAUAAUCUAACGGCUCCAUCUUUAUCUUUAAAGGGUUGGUAUUAUUUAUAUCAUUACCAUAAAGAAAUGGUUGAAGAAGAAUGGUAUGAAACUACUAGAAUGGUUCCAAAACACACCGAAAAAGAAAACGUAGAAAAAGUUUACUCACAUACACACCCUUUUAUAAGAUGUUUUAUCAGACAAUCCAUUAAAGUAAGAAGAGUUUCGGCAAAUCGAAAAUCAUUUAAAACGAAUAAAAUGGAUGAAAUUUGUAAUAUAUUAACGAAUAAAAUGGAUGAAAUUUGUAAUAUAUUAAAGGAGUUUAGUGAAACACGAAGUGAUAAUAUAAUUGAUUUAUUUAAAGAAUAUAGUAAAAGUAAAAAAGAUAAAACGGAAGUUAAUUCAAAACUUAAAAAAAUAAAAUGUACUAAACUAAUGGCCUUUGAUGCUAACGGUUUGUACCCUUUAGUCAUGUCGGAUUUAGACAGCGAAUAUCCAAAAGCGGAAAGUGGUAGACCGUUUCUACCAGAAGAAAAUAAAGAAUUUGUUGAGCUCUUUAAUGAGCAGAAAUUCAGACCUAGAACGGCUAUUUUAAAAGUCUGGUUUGAAUAUCCUACUAACAUGCUCUUCCAACCCAUACCAUCUAAAGAUAAAAUUACUUUUACGAACAAAGAAUGUAAUAAGGAAACUGGUAUUAAAAUCAGGUUUAGAAAUGCUUUCUGUCACGAGGUUUUAACAUCGGUCGAUAUUCAAGAAAUAGUUUCGUCUAGCAAUUGGGAUAAAUUAAAUGAAGCUAGAAGUUAUCUGAAUCUCGUUAAGAGAAAAGCAUCGGACGAUGAAGGAAUCGUGUAUCCUUAUGGUGAUAAAGAUAAAUUGAAUUUGGAUGAAAACUAUGAAAUUGAUGAUUUCGAUUAUCUAACUAUUCAAGAGAAUGAAGAGUGUUUAAUUACUCAAUAA